UUCAGUGUGUGCGUGUGUGUUGCAGCCAAACAGCUCUGGGAUAGCAAAGCAGUUAAAGUGUGUCGCGGAAAAAGAAGAUUCACGACUCCGUUGUUCUUUUGUUUUAAUUAAACUUAUGUCUGGUACCGUCGAGUUUGGCAGGUUAGCAGUUGUGUCGCUGAGAAAAACAGAGUGAAAACUUUCUACCAUGAAAAUGAUCUUCUUACCACUGUAUGAUAGGCCAUGAUAGGCUUGUCAAAUUAUGCAGGGGUUAUGGAAGGUGUAAUGAAUUCUGCUGAAGAGCAGCAAGCCUCAUCUCCCCUGACCGACUCAUUGUCCAACAAACAGGAGUCAAGCCAGAAUCCAAAGUCAAAUGGAGUUGGUGGAUUUGUUUUAGUGCAUGCAGGAGCAGGAUACCAUUCUGAAUCUAAAGCCAAGGAGUACAAGCAUGUUUGCAAAAGAGCAUGCCAGAGAGCUGUGGCUCAGCUCAAAGCUGGGGCACUUGCAGUGGAAGCAGUGGCUGCAGCACUGGUUGAACUUGAGGAUUCUCCGUUUACAAAUGCAGGCAUGGGCUCCAACCUUAAUUUGUCAGGGGAAAUUGAAUGUGAUGCAAGUAUCAUGGAUGGGAAGUCACUGCAUUAUGGAGCUGUAGGUGCUAUUAGUGGUAUUAAAAAUCCAGUCUUGGUUGCAAACCGUCUACUGAAUGAAGCACAGAAAGGAAAACUAUCGGCUGGCAGAAUUCCCCCCUGCUUUUUAGUGGGGCGAGGAGCACAUGAUUGGGCUGUCAGCCAUGGAAUACCAUCAUGCCCUUCAGAGAAAAUGGCCACCAAGUUCAGUUUAUCUGCGUACAAGAGGAACAAGAGAAAGAUGGAGCUUGCAGAGACAAUGGAAACAGGACAGACCAAGAAAAGGCGACAAUCAAGUGAAAAUGGAAAUGGUUCUGGGUGUCUCGACACAGUGGGAGCUGUUGUGGUUGACCUGGAAGGGAAUGUAGCUGCAGCGGUGUCCAGUGGAGGCCUGGCCAUGAAACACUCUGGCAGGGUUGGCCAGGCUGCUCAUUAUGGAUGUGGGUGCUGGGCUGAAAAUGCCUGUAAUAUGAACACUUACUCUACAGCAGUGAGUACCUCAGGUUGUGGAGAGCAUCUGAUUCGCACCAUGUUGGCACGGGAAUGCUCUUCUGCCAUGCAGUCUGAAGAUGCCCACCACGCACUGCUGGAGACUAUGCAAAACAAGUUCAUCAGUUCCCCCUUUCUGGUUAGUGAAGAUCGUGUUUUGGGUGGCGUGAUUGUGUUGCGGUGCUGCCGAUGCAUGGAAACUCAGCCAUCUCCAAAUAUUCAGGGUAUCCUGGUGGAGUUCCUAUGGAGUCACACCACAGAGAGCAUGUGUGUUGGUUACAUGUCUGCCCAAGAUAGCAAAGCAAAGACACACAUAUCCAGACUACCACCGGGGACUGUUCCUGGACAAUCUUUGGCCAUCGAGGGAGGUGUGUGUCGACUGAUGACCGUAGUGGAGUGAUCUAUAUUCGCCCUUCCUUGUAGGCGUCUUCAGCAAUACCGUACACCAACACACAUACACCACCCACCCCUCCUCACUAUUUUUUCUUUAUGCCAGAAAUAAUGAGCUUUAGCUGAUUCAAGUUUAAAGAACAAUGCUAGAUUUUUGGUGCCAAUAAAUAUUUUUAGGGAAAGAAAUGAAUCAACACAUCAGAUGAUAUUCAUAUUCUGUAAAGGUCAUGUAGUGAAAAUUAUGCAUUUUGCUCUGUGUUUAAAUCUUUUCUCUUCACCUGCCUAGAGAAUAUAAAUGUUUUUUUCUGUAUAUAAAUAUACUGUAAAGGUGGAUCUUGUGCGCCUUGCUGGACAGUGAUGAUGCAUCAUGAAAAUUUCACUAAGCAUUAUAUUCCGUAAAAAAGAUUUCCAUUCACUCAGAGAACACAUAUGCAGAUAUUUUAAGAUAAUAUCAGCUGAUAAAAAAACAGCAAACUGAUUUAUUGACUGGGCUUUAGUUUUUACUGGUGUCCCGAAAAGGAGGGAGGGAUGUUAGCUUCUACAUAGUGCACUUACAGGACUUCCCUAGCCAACAUCUGCCUCCAGGAUGUACUCUAUGCCAACUCGCCCCUGUCUCGCCAGUGCCACUGGGAUUAUUCCUUUUGUAUAUAAGCUAUGGUUUAGGAAAACAGGGUGGAUGUUGAAUUUGUUUUGUAUUGCUAAACUAAAGAUGUGACUAUUUUCAAACUUUUAAGAGUUUUAACUGCUAGGCCUUAUUUUGUUCUUGAAGUAACUUUUCAUGGAUUAAAUAGAUGUCAGAUUGCACCUUGUGGGAAUGCCUGCUACGCAGAAGUAGUUCUCAUGAAUGAAGCUUUUUAUAGCGAGAGAUUGAGCAACGACGAUUAUAGCCUUUUUAUAUCGUUAACGUGUACAGGCCAGCUUCCAUUUAUUUAUCCUCCAGCGUACUCCAUAAUGUAGCAUAAUAUACAUCUUACCUGUAGUGAAUGAUACAUUUUAUAACCAUCUCAGCCACUGAAUGCUUUGCUUCGAUCUGUGUAAAAUGGGUUAGGAUUGCAUGUACAAUAUACAGCUCCUAUUCUCCAACAGAAGUGAUGACGAAGCAGGAAACUAUUAUACAUAUAUCUAUGUAUAGAUGUGUGUAUUCAGUAUAUACAGCAUGUGUGUGCGUGUGUGUACUCACUCUACUAUAGACAUAUAGAGCUCAGGUAGCAGCAUUUGACCCUACCAACCGCCAGACAUGACUGUUAGCCAUCAGUUUAUUAUAACAAUUUAUAUUUGUAUCCUCACACUGACAGAGACAUGUAUUUUCUUGCCAAUAAAAAGCUAAGAGAUAAUGUAUGCAUCAAGCCCAUAGAAUUUCACUUGAAAUGAGAAAUGGCUAUGGAUAUUUCUGUUUGGAUGAUCAGAUUCUAUGAUUGUGCUUUUUCACUCACUCACUUCUAAAAGAUUCCAGUCCUCAACAAAUAUUCUUUACUUGAAAAUGCAGCCAAUAAAAAAAAUGGUAUAAGCUAUUGAAGGUGACAUGUGCACAGCUGUGCUCAAGAAGUAAAUAAAAUCUAUGUUGCCCCGUC